AUGUGUGCACAUGAAGGAAAAGAUUUAGAAGAUGUGACGAUGUAUCGGCAAUUGGUAGGUAGUCUGAUUUAUCUAACUCAGACUAGGCCUAAUAUUUCUUUUGCAGUUGGUGUGAUGAGUCGCUACAUGCACAAGCCAAAGAAGCGCCAUAUGGAGGUUGUUCGGCGAAUUCUAAGAUAUGUGAAAAGUACAAUUAGUUAUGGCCUAGUGUAUAAGAAAGGUGAAGAAUACAAGUUGGUUAGUUACUGUGACUCGGACUAUGCAGGAGACCAUGACACUCGUCACUCAACUACUGGCUUCGUGUUUAAGCUUGGAGCUGGAGCAAUUUCUUGGUGA